AGAGCCAUUUCCUUUCAGUUUUAACCAUGUCACCGAGUCUGCAAAGUCUGCAUUGGGUUUGUCCACAGAGCAGCUUUCAGUUCUGAUGGUUUACCAGUGUGCCUUCGUCCCCAGAGAAAACAUGCUGGAGAGGCUAGUUCACUUUUAAGAUGUUACACUUAGAAGAUGCUAGUGCAGAGGAGGAAGAGGUUUAUGAAGACUCAUUGACGACAGCCCCAGGUUUUUACCGUGGAAAGGCCUCUUCUGGUAUCUUGUCUCAAACCAUGAAUUAUGUGGGACAAUUGGCUGGGCAGGUGAUUGUCACUGUGAAGGAACUCUACAAGGGCAUUAACCAGGCCACCCUGUCCGGGUGCAUCGAUGUGAUCGUGGUCCGGCAGCAGGAUGGCACCUAUCAGUGCUCCCCUUUCCAUGUUCGCUUCGGGAAGCUGGGGGUCCUGCGAUCCAAGGAGAAAGUGAUUGAUAUAGAAAUCAAUGGUGAUGCAGUAGAUCUUCACAUGAAAUUAGGUGACAAUGGAGAAGCUUUCUUUGUGGAGGAAACUGAAGAGGAAUAUGAAAAACUUCCUGCUUACCUCGCCACCUCGCCAAUUCCAACUGAUGAUCAGUUCUUUAAGGACGUUGACCCCCUUUUGAUGGAGUCUGGUGGAAAUGAAAGAUUGCCUCAGAGUCCUGACAUCUCACACACGUUGGCGCCGGAGUCUGUUUUCACACCGGGUUCUGUGAAAAAGAAGAAACGCCGGAGGAAGAAAUGCAAGCCAGACAGUAAGAAGGAAGAGCCAGCAGCAUCUGCUGCUGUUGCGACGACGGAAGACACAUUGGGUGUGGACAGAAGCUCGGAUGAUGAGAAGGGAGCCCAGUCACCGAGGGGAUCUUCAAAUGCUUCCUUAAAGGAAGAAGACUAUAAGGAGCCUUUGAUCUUCCAUUCUGCGGACCACUACCCAUUAUCGGAUGGCGAUUGGUCUCCUUUGGACAACGCCUAUUCCCAGGCAGUGUGCCCUAAGAGUGACUCAGAGCUGGAGCUGAAACCUGGUGGAAGCCUGCUCAGAUCCGAGUCUCACAUGGAGUGGACAUGGGGCGGCUUCCCAGAGUCCACUAAGGUCAGCAAAAGAGAGAGACCUGAACAUCAUCCCAGGGGACCUGUGAUUACACCAUCAGAAAACACCCAUUUCCGGGUUAUUCCCAGCGAGGACACCCUACUGAGUGAAGUUGAGAAGGACGUUUCCAUUGAAGAUACUGUGUGCACCAUAGUGAAACCCAAGCCCAGAGCUCUGUGUAAGCAGAUAAGCGAUACAACUUUCACCACAGAGCUUGUUGCUCCUCCUCUUGGGAAUCCUCCGAUUCCAUCGAUGUUAGAUACAGAACACCUUCCUCACCCAUCCCUAGUGGAGGCCUCCUCAGAGUUAAAACCAACAGCUAAAGUGGACUCGCCGUCAAAGAAGAAAGGUGUCCACAAGAGAAGCCAGCACCAAGGACCUGAUGAUAUUUACCUGGAUGACUUAAAGGCUCUAGAACCUGAGGUUGCUGCUCUCUAUUUCCCUAAAAGUGAAUCAGACCCAGGCUCCCGGCAGUGGCCUGAGUUGGACGCCCUCUCGGGCUCCCAGUCCCCACAGUCUGUGGGAAGUGCGGCCGCAGACAGCGGUACCGAGUGCCUCUCCGAUUCCGCCAUGGACUUGCCCGACGUCACCCUCUCACUCUGCGGGGGCCUCAGUGAGAACGGAGAAAUUUCUAAAGAAAAAUUCAUGGAGCAUCUCAUCACUUAUCAUGAAUUUGCAGAAAACCCUGGACUGAUAGAUAAUCCUAAUCUUGUAAUACGGAUAUAUAACCGUUACUAUAACUGGGCAUUGGCUGCUCCCAUGAUCCUCAGUUUACAGGUGUUCCAGAAGAGUCUGCCCAAGGCAACCGUGGAAUCCUGGGUCAAAGAUAAGAUGCCAAAAAAAUCUGGUCGGUGGUGGUUUUGGCGCAAGAAAGAAAGCAUGACCAAACAGCUGCCAGAGACCAAAGACGGGAAGUCUGAAGCCCAGCAAGCCAGUGACCUGCCUUCAAGCGCUCAGGAGCAAGCCAGUGCCAGGCUGUCUGAGGAUGACUCCUCGAGUGAAGAGGCCUCCCAGGAGCUGGAAGAAUCCCUCAGCGCGGACCCGCUUCCCGGGGAGCGCCUGCUGCACGGCGGCUCGCCCUCUUACAAGAAGUCCCUGCGACUCUCCUCAGAGCAGAUCGCAAAACUGAAGCUGCAAGAUGGGCCGAAUGAUGUUGUAUUUAGUAUUACAACCCAGUAUCAAGGUACCUGCCGCUGCGCAGGGACCAUUUACCUGUGGAACUGGGAUGACAAGGUCGUCAUCUCUGACAUCGACGGGACGAUCACCAAGUCUGAUGCUCUCGGGCAGAUCCUCCCGCAGCUGGGUAAAGACUGGACUCACCAGGGCAUAGCAAGGCUCUACCAUUCCAUCAACGAGAAUGGCUACAAGUUCCUGUACUGUUCGGCCCGCGCCAUCGGCAUGGCUGACAUGACCCGCGGCUACCUCCACUGGGUCAAUGACAAGGGCACGAUCCUGCCUCGGGGCCCUCUCAUGCUGUCCCCCAGCAGCUUAUUCUCGGCCUUCCACAGAGAAGUGAUCGAAAAGAAGCCAGAGAAGUUCAAAAUUGAAUGUCUGAACGAUAUCAAGAACCUGUUCGCCCCGUGCAGGCAGCCCUUCUAUGCUGCCUUCGGAAACCGCCCAAACGAUGUCUACGCGUACACACAAGUUGGAGUCCCGGACUGUCGAAUAUUCACCGUGAACCCAAAGGGGGAGCUAAUACAGGAAAGGACCAAAGGCAACAAGUCUUCGUACCACAGGUUGAGUGAGCUGGUGGAGCACGUGUUCCCGCUUCUCAAUAAAGAACAGAAUUCGGCCUUUCCAUGCCCGGAGUAUAGCUCCUUCUGCUACUGGCGAGACCCGAUCGCCAAUGUGAACCUGGAUGACCUGGCCUGAGGAGACCCUCCUCCCCCCUCCCCGAGUGGGGCUCCCAGUCACUCUGCCUGUCGGGAGACAUGUGACUGACUGGCUUCUGCUGCACAGAGGACACGGGCUUCCCUGAGAACCAGCGCCAGCCGCCCGCAGAGGGCUGUGCCUCCUCCGUCCCGGGCUGGCAGCGCCGGGCUCAGGGCCUUGGAAGCUGGUCCACCCCCAGACACUGUGUGCCAGCAGUGUGCUGGGCAUUCCUUUCACUGCUCGACUUUAAAGCAAGACAAGCGUAGCCAAGAAGGAUGGGAUGAAAGCAGCACACAGUAGCGUGGUCUCGUUGCCUCCAGCAGCUAAGAGUCAGGCUCUUGCUCUCUCUCCAGUUAGUGAUGUUGUUACCACCGCCCCUGUACCUCUCGGCUCUGGACUCCCCUGUUCUGCCUUCAGCCAGGGCCCUGCUUCAGCCCAGAGGGUGGGAGUAGGGGGAGUUGUCUGUUCUGGCACGGAGCCUUGGGGGGACACUACAAUGGGAGGCCCUGCCCUAUUUCUUAGUACGCUCCGGAAGAAGCGGGUCUUGCAGGUAUACAUGUUGUGUGUUCUCAAUAAAUACCAUGUUAGUGGGGGUUGAGUUUUAAGAACAAGAGAAAUAGCGCCUCCCAUCCCGGGAGCGCCCUUCUCUCUGCCCCGGCUGCUUGCCUGCUGUAGGUCAGCUGUUGGCUGUCUUGCUUUGGGGCAGGGCUUCUCAGUCGCACCCUUUAGAAUGUCAGGAAAGCACAGUGACACUCAACCCGCUCAAGGCCAAGACUGGGCUUGGCUCGGGCGUUUGGAGUCAGUUGUGGAUAAAACUUGUGGAGCUACUCAAGAGGAGGCUCACGGAGCUGCCCACCCUUCUCCUUCAUCCCUGAGCCCCACCCGACUGCUCCCGUCUGCCAGGCGCAGGCUGCCCUGUGAGGGCACAUGGGGGCUCCCAUGUAUUUCCUCCGAAAAUGUGAAGCGCAACUCAGCUUGCCCCCUGAGCCGUACAGAGCUCUCGUCGAAGUCAGACCCACAGCACCUGGUCCCGUGCCCUAAGUUCCUCCAGGGCUCAUUCUCCGUAGUGCGGUGUUGACAAUCACCUCAGUGCUGAAUCAGGAGAACUGUUUGAAAGGUGGCCCUCCUCAGUGCCCCGUGUGGAGGGCAGUGGGCGGAGAGAGCUGAGGGACUGGUGGCGCAGCCCCCCCUCCCCUGGGGCUGCCCACCCAUCACCCACAGGAAUAGCGACCCGGAGGGGAGAGUCGGGCAGUGGCAUUUCCAGGUUGGGGAGUUGGUUUGCCGCGGCUGGCUGGCUGUGGAGGCAGUGGUCCCUGGAGAGGGUGCAUAGGACAGACCCUGAAGGCAGUACGGAUUCGCAGAAGCAGCGGGCCGUGCUCCCCAGCCUAGGCCUCGCCUCCAGUGUCUCGGGACAAAUGAUCUCCUGAGUUGGGUUGGCAUGUGUACUAGGCUAGGGACACAAGGUUAGGCUAUGUGUGAAGUUCUUACCUAAGUUCAAAACCCUAGGAGAGCAGGUGCCAGCGGAGCGAUUUCCCUUGGUAACCCAGGUCUACUUCACUGCCAUGCACCCAGUGAGUGCCAUCAUGGGGCGCCAUUGGCCGCCCUCUGGGCCAAGUCAGGAGAAUAGGUGUGUUGUGACCCCAGCCUGAGCCUAGUAGGUGUCUUUGCAGGUGUGUGCUCAGAAAACCCUGGUGGGUACUUUCUCAGUCCGAGGCCCUCCCUUAGGUUGCCCUCCAUAGAGCCUCAGGCUUUUGUGUCUCCCAAGAGCUGCUCUCUGACACAGGCCUUCCGUCGUCGGGAUCAGCCAGGAAGCCAGCUGUGCGCUGAGGGCUCGGUCCAUUUGUCCCACAAGCAGUGGGCUUUAUCUCCACCGGUCGAUCCAGUCGGUAUAUAUAUGCUAGUUGACAUGCGUCUUUUUCCUUAUUUCGAGGAGUCCCUCAUAUGAAAGUAGGCGAAUUACUAUUACUGUAGUGUUAAUGAAAGUAUUACGUUUGUGCUAAAAAAAAAACCAUUGCCAUUUGGUACAAAUGACAUUUGUUCUUUCUGUGAAAGAGAGAUGCCCUUGAGUGUUUGUACACAGCCCUUAGGAUGAUGAGUUCAUGGGCCGUGCCCUGCCCUCACGAGGUGUGCGGUGCUGGGGCGCCCCGGGAGCCGGCAGGGCAGAUGGGCUCUUCUGCAUCAUUCUAUCAGUUGUGCCAUUGAUUAAAUGGUCCCUCUUUCCAAUCCAGUCUACCUGUAGUAUUUGCAUUGACGUAAGCCCAUGUGUUUAAGCGUGGACUUCUGUGAGGCGGUGUGCACGUCCGCAUCCUUGUCAGGCGGUGGGUAGUGCACAUGUGGGCCCAGAGCACGCAGACCGUCCCAUGCUUGAGGACUGAGCUUGCCGCGUCGUAGGAGCAUCUGCUUAGUUUUCAACUGGAAAACAAAAGGCUUACCAGUACAGUGUCCUAACAGGACAGCUGCUAAAAGCCCAAUCAAGCUCUCUCCAUCUCUGGGCCCCCUGUGCACUCAGUCAGUGCUGGGGUGCCACAGCUGCCUGGGGGACGGGGGUCUCCCCGGGGGGCCUGCGCUCAGCCAGGGUGCAGCGGAGUCUUUACCGCCCAGCUGGCUCUUGUUUGUGUUGAGAAUCAGUCAACACAACAGGGCAUCUGGUUUUGAACUGGCAGGGCAUCUGAUCAGCUCUCGGUCUCACGUUCGCUCUGGGAAGGCUGGCUGUCCUGGCUGUAGAGCACGCCGGGUUUAAUGAAACCACCGAGAAAUUGGUUUUUGUGUAAGUGCUCUUUCCAGGUGAAAACUAGUCAUUUUUGUUUGUUUUCUUUGAAGGUAAGAAAGGGUGGGAAAACUUGGCUUUUUCCACUUUAACAAUUAAAUUCCAUUUAUGAUGAAGAUUUGAUUAUAAGCAAUGCCGCUAAUAAGUUUAAGUUGUCCGAAACCAAUUGUAAACAUCAGUACAGUACUCAUAGUUAAGGUAAAGCCAGUUGUCUUGAAAUAAAUGGAUCACAUUGGGUGCAAUGUUUGAUGUUCAGAAUAAAACGUUCCAACAACAACAAGCGUAAA